GGGGAAUCAUCGCAACGUGGACCGCAAGGAGGCCGCGAAGAGGAAGGGCAGAAACUUCUUGGAAGACAACAUUUGCAAGCACUACUUGUUGGGCUUCUGUCCUCAGCACGAGGACCUGUUUCACAGCACGAAGAGGGACAUCGGCAAGUGCCAGAAGGUCCACUCCGAGGCUAUGAAGACGGAGUUCGAGAACCACCCAGACCACAAGAAGUAUAGGGCCCAGUACGAAGAGCGGCUAAGGCACUACCUGGACGAGCUCGUCCGGAGUGCGGAGGAGUGGGCGAGUAAGGAGCGGAGGAACAUCAAGGCGGAGAACCUCGCCAUAGAGGCCGCUGGCCCCACUGAGCUGGCGAAGGCGGAGAUCAAAGCGAUGAAGGAUGCCGCCCAGACUCUGCUGGAAGAUGCAGAGAAGCUGGCCGAGUCCUCGAGGCUGGAGGAGGCCAAGAAGAAGACAGACGAGGCCAAGGACUUCCAGCAAAAGGCCCAGGAGUACGAGGAGAAUGCCGUGAAGCUACGCACCGAGGACGUUUGCGACGUCUGCGGCUCCCGCAUGGAAAGCGGCGAUCCCCAGUUCGCCAAGUUCAGGCAUAUCGAUGGCAAGAUCCACGUGGGUUUCCUCAAGAUCCGCGAGUUCUUGGAUGGACUCAAGAAGAGGCGGGGUGGCCGCCGUGCUGCGCGAAGGACUUGGGAUCCGGGGGCAGAAGCCGCAGCUACCGGAGGAGGAGCCGCAGCGACCGGAGGAGGGGCCCUGCGUGUGUUGGCGCCCGAGAAGGCGACAGAGAUAGAGGAGGCGAUCAGGAGAGGGAAAGAUACCAGAAAGAUCGCGACGGCGGCCCUCACGGCGAAAGAGACAGAGGAGGUGACCAGGAGAGAGAGGGACACCGGAGAGACCGCACCGUCGACCUGCACGGCGACAGAGACAGAGCAGGCGACCGGAAGAGGGACCUGUUACGGAAAGACCCCGACGUCGGCCUUUUGGGCGACAACAGGAACAGAGGAGGCGACCAGGAGAAGGAAAGAUUGCGGAAAGACCGCGACGGCGGCACGCAUAGCGAAAGAGACAGAAAAGGCGACCAGGACAGGGAAAGAUGCCGGAGAGACCGCGACGUCGGCUCAGCCGGCGAAACAGACAGAGGAGGCGACCAGGAGAGAGAACGAUUUCGGAGGGACCGCGAAAUCGUAGAGCGCCGCGGCCGCCGGGAGGAGCGCGAUCACCGUGAUGAGCGCGAGGCAAGGCGCCGCGAGGGCCGUGACUGCCGAGAACAGCGAAGACGAGGCUCGAGGGCGGAUGCCCACUAGUCUGACAAUGGCUGUCGCCCGUUCCCCUCUUCACCCUCAUUUCUCCUCCCUCCUCCUUCUUGCCUCCUUCUUGCUUCCUCCUGUUCCUCCUCCUGCUCCUGCUUCCCUCCGCUUCCGGGGACCCACACGAGUUCUUGUCCUCUACGCAGCGCAACAGCAGCAGCGGCAGCAGCGGCUGCGGCAAUGGGUGCAGCUGCAGCAGCAGUCAGCAGCAAGGAGUGGAUCAGAAGCUAAGGUCAC